GGACAUUUUCGUAGUUGCUUCAGACAUGCUGCUGAACAAAACCAACACGCCGACGUCGUACGGGUCGACCAAGCCAGGAGUCGCCCUCAUGUACCAGGCGCAGCAAGCACAUCGAGAGAAUGACGUGGAAGCGUCCCGCUCCGUGCACAUCGCCAAGAUUGGUCAUGCGUGCGAAGCCCACUUGAAGGACGGCGGCCACAUCAAGAGCGCGGUCUACGGCGGCUUGGACGGCAUCAUCACGACGUUUGCGACCGUCACGUCGGUGGCGGGGUCGGGUCUCCCGCACUCUGUCAUCCUCAUCUUGGGGUUGGCGCACUUGGUGGCGGACGGCAUGUCCAUGGGCAUGGGGGACGUGUUGAGUAGCCAAGCAGAGAUCGACCUCGUCAACCACGAACGCGCCAGAGAGAUGUGGGAGUUCGACAACUUCCCUGAAGGGGAAAUGGACGAAAUGGUCGAACUGUACGAGCAAAAGGGGAUCGCGACCGAGGACGCCAAGCUGGUCGUGAACACGUUGGCCAAGUACAAGGAAGCGUUCAUCGACAUCAUGAUGGUGGAAGAGCUCAACCUCAUGCCCGUGGACGAAGACGACAACCCUGUCAUUGGAGGUCUGGUGACAUUUGGGUCGUUCGUGUUGUUUGGGGCUGUGCCUCUGUUUUCGUACUUGGUGAAUCUCUUGCCUGGGGUUCAGUUGACGAGCGAAGAGGCGUUGUGGGGGUCUUGCGUCCUCACGGCGCUCACGCUGUUCCUCCUUGGCGCGGUCAAGGGCCAAUAUGUCGGCCAAAAGUGGUUUGUGUCGGGGAUGUACAUGGCGGUGAACGGGACGGUGGCCGCGGGCACGGGGUGGAUCAUCGGGUACCUCCUCCAGCUUACUGGCGUCCAGAAUGUUACCAUGGGCUAGUAUUACUAGUAGUAGUCAUUCUAGUAGUGUAAUGUAAGGCUUAUUUUGGAACAUGGGUAAUUUUGGACUUUGUA